AUUGUUUGAGCUUCAUAGAUAACUAAUAAAAACCGCACAAUAUGGCAGAUCAAGGAUCAUCAAAUGGAGCCUCGGCAAGCAAUCAAAAGAAUAAUCGAUUGACACAAACGCAACAAAAGGUCGAUGAAGUUGUUGGAAUCAUGCGUGUGAAUGUUGAAAAGGUUUUGGAGAGAGAUCAAAAAUUAUCGGAAUUGGAUCAUCGUGCUGAUGCCUUACAACAUGGAGCCUCACAAUUUGAACAGCAAGCUGGUAAAUUAAAGAGAAAACAAUGGUGGGCAAAUAUGAAAAUGAUGAUCAUUAUGGGACUUAUUGGCAUUAUUCUAUUAAUAAUCAUCAUAGUUCUCGUUUGGCCGAAAGGAGGUGGAGAUGAAGGAAACUAGAUGAAGAGCAUAACAAAAAGUAUUCACUGAGUGAGAAAGCUCUUUACCCUUUAUGAGCUGCUUAUACUUUAAUAAACAACUACAAAACAAUACACUGAGCAUGUUAGAUUCACAUUUAUUUAUAUAAAAACAAUCCUUUCUGAAAACUUUCAACAAAGUCUUUAUUAUUAUUGUUUCCAUUUUCUAAAUCAGGCACCAAAUUUUCUGUUUUUUGAACUUUGAAGGGUAAGAUAGUCGAUCAUAUAGACAAAAUUGAGGCUUUCCAUGCAAUGUUAAAGAGAUCAGUUUGUAUUGGGAAUUGAACUCACGUUCUCACAAAUAUCUAAAAUUCCAGAUGUUCUGUCUGUUGCUACUUGCCCACUGUGGCCUUAUUCUUGCACUGGCAGAAUCGCUUACUUAUGGACCAAAAAGAUUCUUUUCCUGAAUUUUUGUUCGAAUUUUAAAACAAUUCUUUCAAAAACAUUUCAAUCAAACCUUAAGAAUUUCGAACCAAAGAGUUCUUCAUCACCUCCUUGACUCUUCAUUUCCUUUAAAACUCAAAAGAAAAGAAAAAGACAAAAGUUCUUCUUACUUAUAUUAAAUAUGUCACGUAAGUGCAAUCAUUUUUUUUGUUCUGUUCUUCAUACUCUUUAUUUCAUGAAAAAUGAUUUUCAAUUUGCUGUGUCUUCUUUCCUUCCUUUACUUUAUUGUUGUUGAAAAUUUCCUUUCAAGAUUCUUCAUGAAAUAUUCAUUGAAAAAAUUGAAGCUUUUGAGUUUCUUUAGAAAAUAUCAAAAAUAUAUAUACUUCUUGCCCUCAAGUCUUGCUUCUUACUGUCAUCAACAUACGCGCCCCUUGAAAGUUUUCCAACAGACGAGAAGAAAUAUUAAAUUGAGGAAUAAAAUUUUUGGGGACUUGAAAACUUUUCUGUUAUUUUUUUUUGUGUCUCAGCAUAAUUUAUAAGCCUUAGCAAUUUUCAUCUAUCCGUCUAUCUUUUUAUUCAAUUAUAUUCAAGUUUUCCAUUAAAUUUUGUUUACUUAAGUUGAUUGAAAUAUUUACUCGAGCUGAUAUGAUAGUUUCUUCUUUAUAAUUUUGCGCAUUGUGAAAUACAUUUUAAAUUUUUAAAGCAAACCUCAUUAUGAGAAAAUAUUUCAGUUCUAUUUGAUUUUAAAAUUUUUGCAGAUCUAGAAUUUUUUAGAAUAAAAUGUUCUGAAUUUUGUUUUUUUUUUUUGGUUAAAUUAAAUUUGCUUGAUUUUCAGUCAGAAAUUCUUGGAUGAUGGCAUUUUCAACUAUUUCUCUAUUAAGGGCUAUUCAUAAAUGACGUCGAACCAAGCUUGCGAUACACGCACCUCUGCACAGGUGAGAACCGUUCAAUUCCUUGAUAAUUUAUAAGGUUUUUCUAAGAAAACCAUACAAAUUCUAUUAAAACCUCACAAAUUAUUAAUCAAGGAAUUGUACGGUUCUCACUUGUUCACAGGUUGCUGUAUUACAACUCUGCGUCAAACAUUUAGGAUAGAAAGGUCUGGAGUUUUGUGACGGUUCCUUCGAAAAAAAAUAUUCUUCCUAGUUCAC